AUGGUCGCGAUUCAAGUCCUGUCAGACUUGCACCUCGAGAACCCCAAAGCAUACGACAUCUUCGACAUUCCAGCCAACGCACCAUAUCUGGCGCUUCUGGGCGACAUCGGAUACGCCAGCAAGCACCAGGCCGAGUACCUCGAAUUUCUGCGACUGCAGCUCGCCCAAUUCCAGGUGGUAUUCCUGGUGCUGGGUAACCACGAGCCAUGGCACUCCGACUGGGACAGCGCGCGGAAGCUGAUGCGCGAGUUCGAGCAGAUGAUCCGACUGGAGAGAGAGUCGCGCCCGGGGGCAAAGAACGGCGUUGAGCAGCAGGGGCUCGGCGAAUUCGUCCUGCUGGACCGGACGCGUUACGACCUGCCAGAACGCGGUGCCGGGGGCGAAGCCAUCACCAUCCUCGGCUGCACGCUCUUCUCGCACGUCCCGGCCGCGUCGAGCGAGGCUGUCAGUUUUGGGGUAAACGACUUCUACCACAUUGACGGCUGGACGGUCGAGCAGCACAGCGCGCGGUUUGCCACCGAGUUGGCAUGGCUGAACGAGCAGGUUGCGGCGCUCCGGGGCGAGGGCCGGAAAGCUGUCGUUCUUACUCAUUAUAGCCCGACGAUGGACGACCGCGCAGUCGAUCCGAGGCAUCGGAGCAGUCCCAUUCAGACGGGCUUCGCCACGGACUUGAAGGAUCAACUGUGCUGGACAAGCGAGGUCGUCAAGGUCUGGGCGUUCGGACACACGCAUUUCAAUUGCGACUUUGUGGAUGAGAAGUCUCGAAAGCGGGUUAUGGCUAACCAGCGAGGGUAUUAUUUCGGUCAAUCGGAUGCGGUCGAGAUUGGGAAAGUGAUUGAGCUAUAG